AUGCCAAGCACAUCACAGACAGUGGGUAGCGGGAUGACGGCAAUGCGCGGCAGCAAGCGGCGCACACAGCAGUUCCAGAUUACAAAUCACAUUAUCACUACGGAUGUGAUCUCGCCGCUGGUGGCGGACAACGGAGGGGACGAGGUGGCGCCAGGCGAGGGGGCGACGGAGGCUUCGCAGCAGCCUGCAUUCCGGGCGGAGGCAGCGAGCGCAGCGGGAAGCGAGCACGAGGAUUCGGACCUUGACGAGCUUUUCUCCCCGCUGCAUGAGCCCUUUUCUUCAUUUAGCGAGGGGGACGAGGACGAGUUCGAGUUCCUCAACAUGUCCUAUCCGAAGCGCUUCACACGCCAGAUCAACUGGGAUGCCAGUGACGAGUGCGGAGCCAGCGCGGCCGCCGGCGGAGAAGAAACGUAUAUGGACCGGGCGUCUUCCUGGGGGCCGAUGUUUGACAGCGACGACAUCAUCGUAAGUGACAGCAAGGACUUCUGGAAAAAUAUAGAAACCUCUUCUUCUGUCGACGAGCAGCUGCCAUUUACUGACACAUGGUCCUGGAAUGAUGCGCCGGCGCUAGGGUCAAGCACGAGCGAUGCGCUAGGCCCCUCCAUUCCUGUUGCUGCUGCGGACUCGCUGGAAGAUUUCAUUAACAGCAACAUUUCCUCCGACGCCCACCUCCCGCCGGCGGGCGAUUCGUUUCAAUACAAAAUUAGGAAGUUGACAUUCCGGGAUUCCGACGGCACUCUAUCGCUCAGUGCCUCGAGCAGUGGUAGCCGCAACCGUAUUAGCAAGAAGCGUAUAAAGCGCAAGGCUAUUCGUCGCAAAUCCGCUGUAAGCGAGAUGUUCUUUCCCGGCGUCGGCAUUGGCGAGUUCAUGCUACUGUAA